GAAGCUCGACCUGUCCAAAGCGUUGCCAGUGUUAUUAGGGUGUCACCAAAUCCAAGACAAUGGAUACCGGAACAACCGAGUGUCAUUCUACAACAUGCUCUUACUAGCCCGCCUAGCCAACAUGUCGAAGCAGAAAAUAAUCAAGUAACCCAAGGUGGCCUUUAUUAUGUUGUUCCGCCAAAACAUGACAACAAAAAUAUGAUGAUUGUCAAAAAUGAAACAGAGAAUGAUCCAAAGGAACCUAAGUCAUUUCCUAGACAGGUGAUUCAGAGCGACCAUUUGCAUUCGACGCAGUUGAUACGCGUCAAUCCAAGUAAUAAUUAUGCCAACAUGAAUAACAUACAGACACAUUCCAACGGUCCCGGGAUAAUUGCACCGAAUUCUAUCAAUCCAGGACUUCCAGUAAUUGUUAAUCCAACACAACUUGUACCAGUCCUACCGUCUACAUCUCAGUCUGUCGUAAAAAGAGUUGUUCCCACUGUCAAUAUUCAGCCUAAUCCACCGCCUGUGAUCGUUAAAACUGAACAAGUGUCGCCAAACACAAACGCUGCCUUGAAUCAUCUAAAGGAACCGAUGGUUUUGCACAAUCCGCUACAAGUACAAAGUCAUCGAGUUGCUGCUGUUCCUCCUCAACUUCCACUCUCUCAACUAAACCAGGGUCAAAACAGAUCUAUUAACAUUAAUGUUAAUCCAUGGCAUUCAAUAUUACCACUUCUUGUCUCAUCUGGAUCUGCUUCACCACCAAACUCUCAGUUAUCGCCACCUUUAUCUACGUCGUUAGUUACUGUUGAUGGUGGAACGGUUUUGGACAAUCAAGACGACGAUGCUGAUGCAGAACCACUGCCAACACCAACAGAAGAUGACGACGAUGACGUUUUUGAAAGUGAAACUACUGACUUAAAUAUGGAUGGGAAUAUUAAGAGAAGAAGUCAGUCUUUGAGCUCUUUACAAAGUAACUCCAAAGAGGCAACUAAGAGUAAGGAGCGCAUAAGAAGACCCAUGAAUGCUUUCAUGAUAUUUUCAAAACGCCACAGAGGUCUUGUACACCAGAGGCACCCAAAUCAAGACAAUCGAACAGUUUCCAAAAUUUUAGGCGAAUGGUGGUAUGCAUUAGGUCCAAAUGAAAAGAAGCAGUAUCACGAAUUAGCCUCUGAAGUUAAAGAGGCUCAUUUUAAGGCUCAUCCUGAAUGGAAAUGGUGCAAUAAAGAUCGAAGAAAAUCUUCAACUGGAUCUGGACGUAGCAAAUUAAGUUCAGCGGGAGACAGUGGUGAACCAGGUGAUAUGCCAGUGAGUCCAAAAGUGCCAUCUCCUCCUCCGCUUAAUAUUGAACCUUCCAAGCAAGUGGUACAGGAACAAGAGGCAGGAGAUGCUUCAGAUGAUGAUCAAAUGGUAAUUUGUGAAGAUGCAGGAGCUGAAAUUGAUUUAAAAUGUAAGGAGAAGGUUACUGAUUCAGAUUCAGAAUCUCAAAGUGAUAUGGACUCGUCUAUAGAAAACCGUGUUUUCCAAAGAUUUAGUCCUAUGACUAAUUCAAAUUGUUCAGAAGUUACGUGUAGACCUAAGCCAAUAAAAGCAAGAAUACCGUCAACGGAAACACCAAAGUAUAGUCUUGCAGCAACUGCAACACCUUUCCAUUACUCCCCUGUUAACCCAUCGGGUAUAUCAGGAUUUCAGCCUACUGGAGGAGCCUUCAAAACAAUGCCAGCUUCACCAAAAAUUAUUAAAUCGGAAGUUAAAAAUGAGUUUAGUGAAAACCAUGAAAACUAUGCAGGUACAUUGAUCAUUAACUCAACUGACGCUUCAAAAUGGUCUAAUUCAUCAGCCAUACAAACUAGCACUCUUACUAGCCAAACUAACUCUACAUUAGUCAUACCAAAAUCAGAGGUCAAAACAAAUAUUAUACAAUCAAACGAUGGUAUUAAUCAGACUUAUCAGUCACAACCUUUAACUGUUGUUAUAGGCAGGCCAACAAAUACCAUUUGUUUAUCCAAUGAACAUGAACAAACUCAACCUUUUGUUGUGAUAGCUUCCACAGCAUCUGAAAUUCCUGUCCAGCUUUAUGUGCAACCUUCUUUCGGAAUACCUGUUUCAAACUCCAACAACCGAAAUUUGUCGGUGCAAAACGUCCAACUGCUAAAGCCUAAUACACAGUCUGUCAUUGUUACACAAGCACACAACAAAGUCUGUGUAUCUUCUCAAGUUGAGUACCAAGCGGCACAAAGUACUGUGAUGGCGUCAAAUAAAAACUCCUAUUGCAAUAAUACGGGUAAGUUGACAUUAAUAUUUUUAAUAAGCUAUUAG